AUGGACGACGUGCAUGCCCUUCUUGAGGGCUCACGCAUCAUUGUUAUUUCAGUCUCGCCCUAUCUCCUCGCCUCGGGCUUUGCCAUGGAAGAGGUGCGCUUUGCCCUCGACAAUAACCCCGUCAUCAUCCCUGUCUUCAUGCAUGAAGCCCUGCCGUUCAAUAGCGUUUGGGGGGAUGCCCGGCUCGCUGACGCCGACAUCAUUGAGCGUGUCACCGGCGCCGUGCAUGAGGAGCAGGCUAAGGCUUGGAUUGGCCCUGACCUUAUCGCUGCCUUUGGUGAUCUUGCUCACGCCAAGGGUGCUGUCCACAAGGCUGAACACUCUGAGGACCCGAACGUGAAAGCAUGGUACUACUCGCGCUGUGAACGAGUCAAGCUCAUACACUCGCUGCUUGAGUGGGGGUGCGUCCAGGGCGACCGUAACGGCCACGACAGCUUUUCCGAUCUCGUCUCCCGCGUUGCAGUCGCUGUCGUCGAUGUCUUGCGCGACUCUUGCUCUAUUGAGCGUUUGCCUUUACUCAUGCCGCCGCCACCUAACCCAUCCGAGUACUACCCGCUCCCUGACACUCGCGCUGCGGUCAUUAAUGUCCUUCUUGGUGCGAACAACGUCUCAGUCGUCGGUGUCAACGGGCUCGGUGGCGUCGGCAAGUCGUCACUCGCUGCCGAUGUCGCCAUCCACCCCGCCAUCACCUCGGUCUUCUCCGUCUUCUGGCUCCCUCUCGGUGAGGACAAGACAUCUCCCAUCGCCAUUGCCAGCCGCAUGUCCUACUUCCUGAAGCAAGGCCUCGGUUGCGCAAUCGAUGCACAAGCUGGCCUCAAUGACCUCCAACCCAUUCUUGCUGCCAAGACCCGGGCCCUCGCCGCCGCCGGCACCCGCAUCCUGCUCAUCCUCGACGACGCGUGGACCACCCGCCAGGCCUCCGUCUUCACCAACCACAUCGCAGCCCCGCAUGCCGUCCUCGUCACCUCGCGUAACGCCGCUGUUGCUACCAACUCCGCCUCCUCCAUCGAGCUUGGUACCUUUGCCCCGGACGACGCUGCUGUUGUCCUUCGCAACUACCUCGCCAAGGGCUCACCUGAGUGGGCAAUCACCCUUGCUCUCGACGAUCCCCGCAUCGUCUCCCUCGCGACCUUUUGCCGUGGCCAUGCCCUCGCCCUCGCCGUCCUUGGCUCGUCCAUUUCUGGCGAGGCUGCGCUUGACGACGCUUUUGAGGACGCUGCAGAUGCAACUGAGCUUGCCAUGGAUGAGCACCGCGAUGAUUGCGGCGGAUCGGACGCCAAGUACGCCCACAUUUUCGACAUCAUCACUUGGACCCUCGGCGGUGCCAUCCUCAAGCGUGUCCGCAAGGUGGCGCGGGCUAUUUACGCCAUGCUCGCCGUCUUUCCAUCAGACGCGCCCAUCGACGUCGCCAACUUCCGCUCCGCGAUCGACGCAAGCAAUAUCAAGUUUGCUAGGGCCCUCGAUGCCCUCGCCAACACGUCGUUGCUGCGCGUCGUUGCCGCGGAUGGCGGCUCCAUAACCGUAGUCGAGCUGCACGAUCUGCACCUCGAGUACAUUCGCCAUCGGCUAGAGGUGUGCUUUGACGACAUCCCUUCCCUUCCUGCCCGUCACCUCGCCGUUGUCGCCGGGGUGCCUCCGCCUGGCGCCACACCAGAGUCCGCUAGGGAGACCAUGACCUCUGGCACUGCCUCCAAUUGGAUCGUCACCCACGGUAUUUCACACCUGAUUGCAGCCGGAGCGAACCAUGCUGCCGUUGCGGUUGCUCUCUCCUGGCCGUGGAUGAAAGCCCGCGCAGACGACUCGCUUGGUGGCCUCCUCAAUGAUCUGCGUUGUGUUGUGCGCCUUGGCUGUGAAGGAGUCAAAGACGUUGACGAGGUUGAGCGUGCGCUGUCGCUCUCACGCGAGAUCAUUGAGAGCGGUACGUCGCACGUCGAGACCGAGCUUGUCGCCCGACUUGCCUAUGGCAAGGCGUCCAAAGCCGUGAAGGACCUGGUUGCUGCUGUGAGCAAAGAUGCCUCGUCUAAGGCUUUCAUUCCAUCGAGAGCCGUGGACCCUGUCACGCAUCGUGGUGCUGAGCGCUUUCGCUUUGUUGGCUCGUACGAAAAAGUCAUCAACAUCGGUGGCUCACUGGUUGCUGGUGGAUGUAAGGAUAAUGUGGACGUACUUGACGUGCUAACUGGUGAACGCGUGGAGGUGCUGGAGGGCCACACCGACUGUGUGAAUGGUGUUCUUGCGCUGCCGAGUGCGGAUGGCCAGCAGCCUGUCCUGGUCUCGUGGUCGAGAGACAACACGAUCCGGGUGUGGCAUGCUGCGGACGACGGGACGGGCGCCAUACGGUACACCGCGUACAGUGCCUCCUGUGAGGUGCUGGAGGGCCACACCAGCGAUGUGGAGGGUGUGAUUGCGCUGCCGAGUGCGGAUGGCCAGCUGCCGGUCCUGGUCUCGUGGUCGGAGGACAAGACGAUCCGGGUGUGGCCUGCGGACGACGGGACGGGCGCCAUGCGGUACACCGCGAACAGGGACUCCUGUGAGGUGCUGGAGGGCCACACCGGCGAUGUGCGGGGUGUGAUUGCGCUGCCGAGUGCGCAUGGCCAGCUGCCUGUCCUGGUCUCGUGGUCGUUCGACGGGACGAUCCGGGUGUGGCAUGCUGCGGACGACGGGACGGGCGCCAUGCGGUACACCGCGAACAGGGACUCCUGUGAGGUGCUGGAUGGCCACACCAUGUAUGUGAAGGGUGUGAUUGCGCUGCCAAGUGCGGAUGGCCAGCUGCCUGUCCUGGUCUCGUGGUCGGAGGACAAGACGAUCCGGGUGUGGCAUGCUGCGGACGACGGGACGGGCGCCAUGCGGUACACCGCGAACAGGGACUCCUGUGAGGUGCUGGAGGGCGACACCUACGGUGCGCAGGGUGUGAUUGCGCUGCCGAGUGCGGAUGGCCAGCUGCCUGUCCUGGUCUCGUGGUCGCUCGACGACACGAUCCGGGUGUGGCAUGCUGCGGACGACGGGACGGGCGCCAUGCGGUACACCGCGAACAGGGACUCCUGUGAGGUGCUGAAGGGCCACGACGGCAAUGUGGGGGGGGUGAUUGCGCUGUCGAGUGUGGAUGGCCAGCUGCCUGUCCUGGUCUCGUGGUCGUUCGACGGGACGAUCCGGGUGUGGCAUCCUGCGGACGACGGAACGGGCGCCAUGUGGUACACCGCGAACAGGGACUCCUGUGAGGUGCUGAAGGGCCACGACGGCAAUGUGGGGGGGGUGAUUGCGCUGUCGAGUGUGGAUGGCCAGCUGCCUGUCCUGGUCUCGUGGUCGGCCGACGGGACGAUCCGGGUGUGGCAUCCUGCGGACAACGGGAUGGGCGCCAUGCGGUACACCGCGAACAGUGCCUCCUGUAAGGUGCUGAAGCGCCACACCAGCCUUGUGCGGGGUGUGAUUGCGCUGCCGAGUGUGGAUAGCCAGCUGCCCUUCCUGGUCUCGUGGUCUAGCGACGACACGAUCCGAGUGUGGCAUGCUGCGGACGACAGGACAGACGCCAUGCGGUACACCGCGGACAGUGCCUCCUGUGAGGUGCUGGAGGGCCGCACCGGCAAUGUGAAGGGUGUGAUUGCGCUGCCGAGUGCGGACAGCCAGCUGCCUGUCCUGGUCUCGUGGUCGGGGGACGAGACGAUCCGGGUGUGGCAUGCUGCGGACAACGGGACGCGCGCCAUUCGGUACACCGUGGACAGUGCCUCCUGUGAGGUGCUGAAGGGCCACACCUACGGUGUGCGGGAUGUGAUUGCGCUGCCGAGUGCGCAUGGCCAGCUGCCUGUCCUGGUCUCGUGGUCGUGGGACAACACGAUCCGGGUGUGGCAUGCUGCGGACGACGGGACGGGCGCCAUUCGAUACACCGCGCACAGGGACUCCUGUGAGGUGCUGGAUGGCCACACCAAGUGUGUGCAGGGUGUGAUUGCGCAGCUGCCUGUCCUGGUCUCGUGGUCAGAGGACAAGACGGUCCGGGUGUGGCAUCCUGCGGACGACGGGACGGGCGCCAUGCGGUACACCACGGACAGGGACUCCUGUGAGGUUCUGAAGGGCCACACCGGCGGUGUGCAGGGUGUGAUUGCGCUGCCGAGUGCGCAUGGCCAGCUGCCUGUCCUGGUCUCGUGGUCGUGGGACAGGACGAUCCGGGUGUGGCAUGCUGCAGACGACGGGACAGGCGCCGUGUGGUACACCGCGGACAGUGCCUCCUGUGAGGUGCUGGAGGGCCACACCAGCGGUGUGAAUGGUGUGAUUGCGCUGCCGAGUGCGAAUGGCCAGCUGCCCGUCCUGGUCUCGUGGUCGGGGACAACACGAUCCGGCUGCUCCGGCGCCAUGCACGCCACCGAUGGCACCACCGCCAUCGUCCCCUGGCCCGAGCCCGAGCUCACCUCGUCGAGCCCGGCCAACCCGCCGACGCCGCUCACUCCGCCGUUGCCCUCGCCAAUGUGCUCCACAGGCUCCAUUAGUGAGUCUGAUGAGAGCCACGGCCGCACCGACGCCGUCGAGCUCGGGCUGGAAGAGUUGGCCAUGGCCUUGCAGGAGGCCAAGUCGGUCGGUGGUAUGUCCAAGGCCGAUUGCGGCUCCAGGAUCAAGAUGAUGCUCCCAGAUCACGUGUGGCGAAAGGGUCUUGGCGCGUCUGUGAUCAACACCGCCCUCGCCCGAAAGCUUGUCAAGUACAACGGCGUCGGCACUGCUCGCAAGCUGAUCCUCAACGAGGACACCUAA